AUGCUGGCCUCGACCGUUCGUACCGCUCUGCGCACCAGUGCUCCGCGCGUCGCUGCACUCCCCUCCACGCGCAACCUCUCCACCUCUCUCCCCCGCCUCUCUUCUCCCGCUGCCGCCGCCAAAGAGUACCAAAACAUCCUCGUCUCGUCUCCCGCCAAAGGCGUCACGCUCAUCACGCUCAACCGACCCAAAGCGCUCAACGCACUCAACUCGGCGCUCUUCCACGAACUCAACGAAGCCACCGAGAUCGCCGACAACGACCCCGAGGUCGGAGCCAUCGUUCUCACCGGCUCCGAAAAGGCCUUCGCCGCCGGCGCCGACAUCAAGGAGAUGAAGGACAAGCAGUACGCCGACGCGUACAAGACCAACUUCCUCGGCCACUGGACCAAGCUCACCACGGUGCGAAAGCCGAUCGUCGCAGCCGUGAGCGGAUUCGCCCUCGGCGGUGGUUGCGAGUUGGCCAUGAUGUGCGACAUCAUCCUCGCUUCUCCCACGGCCAACUUUGGUCAGCCGGAGAUCAACCUCGGCGUCAUUCCCGGUGCAGGGGGUACGCAGCGUCUUACGAAGGCUGUUGGAAAGUCUACUGCGAUGGAGAUGGUGCUGACGGGACGCAACUUUAGCGCCGACGAUGCCGAACGUCGCGGUCUGAUUUCCCGUGUGGUUCGCGAGGGUAGCGUUGUCGAUGAAGCCGUCAAGGUGGCUUCCACCAUCGCCAAGAAGGGCCAGAUCGCCGUUCAGGCCGCCAAGGAGGGUGUCAAUGCCUCCUUCGAAUUGAGCUUGCAAGAAGGAACGCGCUUCGAACGACGACUCUUCCAAAGCCUCUUUGCCACCAAGGACCAGAAGGAAGGUAUGGCGGCUUUCGCCGAAAAGAGGAAGGCCAACUUCACGCACGAGUGA